GCCGGGGGCGGGCGGGGGGGGAGGUCCCGAGCCUGAUUCCCACCGGGGCUUUCGGACCCGCAGCUCGGUGACCUCCCGCAUGGCGCGCAGGACCGAGCCCCCAGACGGGGGCUGGGGCUGGAUGGUGGUGCUCUCGGCCUUCUUCCAAUCGGCGCUGGUGUUCGGGGUGCUCCGCUCCUUCAGCAUCUUCUUCGUGGAGUUCGUGGCGGCGUUUGACGAGCCGGCCGCGCGCGUCUCCUGGAUCGCCUCCAUAGGCAUCGCCGUGCAGCAGUUUGGGAGCCCCGUGGGCAGUGCCCUGAGCACGAAGUUCGGGCCAAGGCCAGUGGUGAUGACUGGGGGCAUCUUGGCAGCGCUGGGGAUGCUGCUGGCCUCCUACGCCACCUCCUUGACCCACCUGUACCUGAGUAUUGGGCUGCUCUCAGGUUCUGGGUGGGCCUUGACCUUCACACCAACACUUGCCUGCCUGUCUCGUUACUUCUCUCGCCUGCGAUCCCUGGCCAUGGGGUUGGCACUGACUGGCGUGGGCCUCUCCUCCUUUGCUUUUGCCCCACUCUUCCAGUGGCUGCUCAGCUACUAUGCCUGGCGGGGCACCCUACUGUUGGUGUCUGCCAUCUCCCUCCAUCUGGUGGCCUGUGGUGCCCUCCUCCGCCCAAUCUCCCUGACUGAGGACCCUGCUGUGGCUGGCCCUGGGGCCCAACUCGCCUCCCUCCUCCAUCAUGGCCCCUUCCUCCGUUACACUGUUGCCCUCACCCUGGUCAACACCGGCUACUUCAUUCCCUAUGUGCAUCUGGUGGCCCAUCUCCAGGACCUGGAUUGGGAUCCACUGCCUGCUGCCUUCCUCCUCUCGGUGAUUGCUAUUUCUGACCUCGUGGGGCGUGUGGUUUCUGGGUGGCUAGGGGAUAUAGUCCCAGGGCCUGUGGCACGGCUCCUGAUGCUCUGGACUACCCUGACCGGGGUGUCACUGGCCCUGUUCCCCGUGGCUCAGGCUCCCACAGCCCUGGUGGCUCUGGCCGUGGCCUAUGGCUUUACAUCAGGGGCCCUGACCCCACUGGCCUUCUCCAUGCUGCCUGAACUGGUGGGGACUGGAAGGAUAUACUGUGGCCUGGGACUGGUGCAGAUGGUGGAGAGCAUCGGGGGACUGCUGGGGGCUCCUCUGUCAGGCUACCUCCGGGAUGUGACAGGCAACUACACAGCUUCCUUUGUGGUGGCCGGGGCCUUCCUUCUUGCAGGGAGUGGAAUUCUCAUCACGCUGCCCCACUUCUUCUGCGUCUCAGCUCCUACCUCCAAGCCCCAGGACCUUGGCACAGAGGCACCGGAUACCAGAGUCCCCCUGCGAAGGAAGGGCUGGGAGAGGACUGAACUCCAAAAAGACCCGGAAAGCCAGAGAUGGGCAGCUCCGGGUCUUCUGCCCCAUAUUGAUGCCCAGGGAACCACAGUGCCUUCAGCAUCUUGAUCUGUCUUCCACCACAGCUUGCCCAGGGCUCCUGCGAUGUGUGUGCCAACUCCUAUCUCUUCUUGGCUUCCACAACCAUUUCUGCAGGAUCCAAGAGUUCAGCCUGCUCCAGUGAGCCGUGAAUCAACUGUGAAAAUCAAAGGCCAAGAGACUUAUUAUGUUUUACAAGUGAUCGAUCUCUAGUGUUGCCUCCUACGCUUCUUCUCUGAAGACAGAUGUUUGGGGAUGAGGGAUGCCGCUUUGAGAUAAAACUGGAUAAGAAAACUGGA